GUUUCAGAGACAGCUUCUUAGAAGGCGGGUGAUGAGGCCCGUAAUAUUACAUGGUACUUCAUAACGCCUUGUUUUCUUUAUUGUGCCGGUAUUGCUUUUUAUGCUUCAUUUAGGACAUAGUGGUCUAUUAUUCUAUUCUCGUUAUAAUGUUCUGCCAAUUUAUCAACUUCCUUUUUCCAGACCCCUUUUUUCAUCUUCUCCUUCUUCUCCUCCUUACUGUUUUUCCGUACUUGUUUUCUGUUUAUGCGACGUCUGUCAUCCAGUCAGGGUCUCAGUUGUCUAUCAGUAUGGAAGCCCAGCCUGAUCCAGUUCCAGAGCCCCUCUUGUUGAAUGAUUCACCUGCAGUCCCAGGAGCCUGCGCCCCAUCCCUUGAUUUACCCCUGCCCUCUGUCAUCACCACCUCUCCCAGCGCCUCUCUCCCUCUAGAACUACACAUAGAUGAAGAGGCCUGCUCCUCUCAUUCAUCUGUCUCAACCUCAGAACCUCUGACGGCUUCAUCCAGGAGCCCCCUGUCUUCCCAGAUCCACACGAAGAUAACGGGAAAGAGUACAGAGUCUGGUGUGAGCAGCGUAACUGUGCUGACCUCUCAUACAGAAACCUUCACUGUGCUCUCCAGCACCUCAGGACCUGUCACACUGGAAGCACAGGAGCUACAGGUAGCCUCUGAAGAACCCAGUCCACUAGCAGACCACAAAACCUGCUACCUUGUACCAGUCACCAAGACUCCCAGUCCUGUACCAGUCACAAAGAUUCCCAGUCCUGUACCAGUCACCAAGACUCCCAGUCCUGUACCAGUCGCCAAGACUCCCAGUCCAGUAGCAGACCACAAAACCUCCAGUCCAGUACCAGUCACCAAGAUCCCCAGUCCAGUUGCCCGUAGUCUCAGUCCAAUUUUAGUUGCUCAGAGCCAUAGUCCUGAAACAGUUACUGCGAACCCGAGUCCAGUCUCAAUUGCAUCCAAGAAGAGUCCAUGCUCUUCCCCUGUGCCAAUACCAAUUGUUCUAUCAGCUUCCAGAGCUGCAGGUGCCCCAUCGUCAGUAGCAUAUGCAGAUGUUUCAGAGCAUCACUCAGUUCAAGAUCUAGGGAUAACUCUACCAUGCUGUGAGCCUUUAUUGGAGGAUGCCCUUGAUAAACUACUGGCCCUCCACACUAAACCAGAGGGAUCGGGGGAGCGUGCAAAGGACAAGCAGAAGCCUGAUAAAGGAGAGGAGGGGAGGACUUGGAGGGAGGAACAAGGAGGGAUUUACCCUGGCCAAAGCACACCCCUGUCUGGACGAGAGGGAACUUUGACCCCCCUCACAGAGGCAAGCUGGAUGGAUGACUCCUUGGCCAACCCCUCUACCUGCCCUGGGACCCCUGAUGGCACUCUGGAUGUGCCCCUCCUACAGCCCUCCGCUGUGGAGAGGUUGUCAACAUCAGGACAACUCAAAUCGGUUAUCCGGCGCACUAAAGAGACUCCCAACGUUCAUCCCAUGUUCCGGGACGGACAGCUACGCCGCAAACUGGGACCUGUCAUCUUCCACAACAGCAACUCUCAGGACAGACUCAUUGAGGAGCUGCAGGGAAAGCUUGGGAUCGGGCACACGGAACGCCGACGUAAGCAGCCAGAUGAUUGGCUCACAGAGGGAGUCGUCGUCAUGUCCAAUCCCCAGCGUACUCGGGAAGGGGGUGCCUUACCAGCCGUGGAUAAGGUAGAAGGAUGUGAGGCAUUGGCAGCAGUGUUUUAAUACUGGAAUUACUGGGGUGUUUCAAUACAGUCUACUGGACUUAUUAUGUUCUAGAACCAGAAACUGAUCAAGGGAAAUGGCUUCCAAUUAUUUAUAAAUGCUGAUUAUAUUUAUGUUCGAUUGUGAGUAUAGCCCUUGUGUAGUCCACAUUAAACAUUAAUCUGAGGAAAAGGUUUUUUUACAUAAACUAUUUAUGUAACUAUUUAUCAUUGUGUUUAGUGGCAACAGCUGAGACUUGGUAGUGCACUUUCUAAGUGUUUCUUUCUCUUCAGUCUAAUUCUUCCUUCAUGUUUCUCUCUUUUUUUGUACUUUUUGUUCUUCACUCCUCAGAUCAUCAUUCCUCCCACCUCGCCUGUCCCCUCCAGAAAAGUCCUCCCCACGCAGCAACCCCCACCGGCCCCCAAGCAGUUGCCCCUGCCCCCCCCGACUCCUCCGCCCCCAUGCACCCCCACCCCACCUCCUGUGGAG